GCGCGCGAAUAAUAUAGGGCGAUAAUUGUACGUCAUUUUAGCGGUCAAGUGAAAAGUUUUUUUCGACAAUUUAUGUGUUAGAGUUUGUGAUCAUUAAUAAAAUAGAAAAUAGCGGUUGCGAUGUUUUAUUUUUAUGUUCCUAUGAUGUCAGUGUUCUAUGUUCGAAACUAAACGCGCGAUGACGUUAUGGUUCAAUUGAUCAUUCGAUGAUUACAAUUACUGUGUAGACGCGAAAAGAAAUAAGAAGUUUGGAUAAAACUUGAAGCAAUAGAUAUUGAGAAAUAUAUGUCACAAAUUUGAUACUCUAGAAGUCCAAUCAUUAGACUGUAUCAUAGAUGCGAAAAUGAAUAAAACACAGUUGGAAAUUGUUUUGGCGUCCGAACCGCCUAGAUCUGGAUCAACUCCAGGUGCAGGCCAACAGCAAUCCACGAUAACGUCGCAUUCUCAUAUUCCAUUGCCAAAAGCAUCGCCAACGAGUAAAGUAUUGGACAGAUAUCCACCGGCGAGAAACCGGGAUGUGCAUCAGGAUCACAUAAAUAAUAGGGGAAACAAUGGCGGAAACUUGAGGAUUUCUCCUCUGGGAAAUAGAACAACGACAACGACGUCGGUGGCUCUUCAUAGAGCUUCUUUUGAGAGAGGCGAAAGUAAUCCGGGAAUUCAACAAUUUAGAUCGAGGAAUAAUUCCUCGAAUUCGAAUAACGAGUUCAACAAAAAUACUCAAGAUGAAAAAACUACGCUUUGGAGAACGAAUUCCAACGAGGGUAAAAGGGUGGAGUCGAUUAGAAGCAGUCUCGAACUUAACAAUGAUAAAAAAAUACUCAACAGAAGCAAUAGUUUUAUGGAGAGUAAAUGGAAAACGAAGUACGAAGAUUCUGAAAAAAGAAGAAAACUGCUCCUGCAAAAGAAUGAAUCUACAUUGAAGGACCAUGCAGAUUUGGAAAAAAAAUAUAACCAGCUGCAAAGGCAGAAUAAUACCUUGCAGACUCAAGUUCAAGACAGAGAAGAAAAACUUCACAAGUUACGCACAGUCUCGGAAGCCGUCUGCAAGGAAUACGGACAAUUGAAACGACAAUAUGACGUCGAGACAGGGGCCAUGCACAAGGCAAUGCAACAAGCCACUCAGUGGUACAAACAGAACAGGGAACUCAAAAGAAAGUCUCAGGUGCUCGCUCAGAAAUUUCUGCAGGUGAAUCCUGAUGGAAUCAUCGAUAUCGAUAUUUCCGAUGAAGUAGAUUCGAAUUCAGACGAUGCUGAACAGUUGAGAGAGACCGUCAGAGAGUUAAGCGAGGAAGUAGCCAGACUGCAGACAGAAUUGAAUUUUGCAAAACUGCAGGAAUUCGAAGCUCAAGAACAGGUCACCUUGCUUUCCGCGCAACUUGAAGAGGAGAGAACUCGCAAAGAAGAAGGUGAGGAGAAGAUGAGGGACUUCCAGAAACAAAGGGAGAACAUGGAACGAGUUACUCGCUUGGUAGCGGACGAGGUUCAGUCCUUAAAGGAGCAGUGCGAGAAGGAAAGAGAAACUGCUCAAAUAAUGAAAAUUGAGGCUGAUAGGGCGCAGAAAGAGCGGAAUGUUCUGGCUCACCAGAGUUCGCUCCUCUUGGCAGAGGUGGCAACAGAUCCGGAUGGACGUCUAUUGGCAGUUCUGCAAGAAGUCGAGUCCUUGAAGCGUUCUUUAGAGGAGGAGCAACAGCGUCAUGUAGCCCUGAUCCAAGGGCUUCAGGAGAAAUUGGAGGAGCGAGAAUCCAUUGCGGAAUUUGAAAUUUUGGAAGAAAAACUCAAACUGGCUGAUGCUGAGUUGGAAAUAGCUAUACAGAGGUCCGAGUGUGCUGAACGUUCCGUUGCAAGACUUGAAAAAACCGUCCAGGAGCUUGAAGAGAAGGUCAAGGAUCUCGAGUUCAAGGCUGCUCAGCCUCCUGCACCACCAUUGCCUCCACCCCCGCCUCCUCCUCCGAUGUUCGGAGUCGCAAAUGCAACGAUAAAACUUCUCACGCGAGAGAAAAACCGUGGAGAUGGCAGUUCGGCGGUAACUGAUAUGGAAAACAUGCUCGGCAUCACCAAAAAACCAGCUGCAGUUGCUCAACAACCCGCUAUUGACGAUGUUAUCAGCCAGAUAAAGGGGGGCAGAUUUACAUUGAAACAAACCGAUAAACAGCGAGAGGAGGAACGAAGACGAAGACAGGAGGCUGAAGCUGCUCCACCCGCAGUUUCAGAAAUGCUAACGAUCCUAGGCACCAUGCGACGAAGAGCAAAGCCGACCAGACAAUCGUUCAAAUUUGCAGACUUUAACGAGUCUACUGCAUAGUCUUAAGAACGUUGGUUUCUUCAACUGAUAUUUGACUAAUUGUUAUCAAUGGAACGUUCCUGAAAACUGUCAGCACUGCCAGAUCAUUUUUCAUCGUCCAUAGAGACGUGUCCGUGAUAUUAAGGUGUACCGUAAGAGUUUGCCUCACGAGCUUAGUAUUCACGCGAAACGAAGAGCCGAUGAGGUGUGGGAUAUUACGUCCGUUACAUACAUAUAUACCAUUCAAUAAUAUAUCAUCAAUUUAAAGUAUUAUCAUAUUAUUUCAUAAUAAAAUAUCUUUUAUAUCA